GAGCGCGACGAAGCGAUAGAUGCCAAGAAUAGGCUCCGGGAGCAGCUGAGCGAUGCCGAGCGGACCAUCCUAGAAGCGCCUAGCGGCAGGCAGAUCAUGGAGGUCCUCCGGAACGCCAGGGAGGCGAUGGGCUCCAACAGGAGAGUGUUCGAGAGGCUGUACAAGGACGCCCUGAUCCGCAUGCAGCGCCUGGCGGACGCCCAGGAGCGCGUCACGAGGACGCUGGCCAGGCGCACGGCGCACUCGAUCCGCGACACCCUCUCGCAGAAGGCGGUCGACUUCCCCGGUUUCCCCGCGCGGGACCUGGCCGUGGACGAAGAAGGGAACUUGGCCGGCUGGGGCCACGACGCACCGGCUUCCGCGGCCACGAGCACCUUCCUCAACGCCGAGGCGUCGGUGAUGACGGCAUCCACCCUGGACGCGGGGCCCUCCUGGCAGUCCUUGUCCGGGCGCGCGCGCAGCGGUUCGCCCGGGAGCCGCUCCGCGCAAUUGCCCCCGCUGGCCGCCGUGGACGCGCCAGAGCCCGUCUUCCCCGACAGAGACGCCGAGAGCGCGGGCGCCAGGUCGCCCCCGCGGUGCUCCACGGCGCCCGCCGGCGCCGCCGCCCAGCCCGGCCCCUCCACGCCCCGGCGCGCCGCGAACACCGUGCCGACGCGCGACACCGGGGAGAAGCUGGACGCCCUGAUCGCCGCGCUGCCAAGCAGGCUCGUGGUCUCGGUGACCCCGCUGCCGCGGACGCCCAACUUGCCGCCCGACCGCUCCAGCGUCGCGGCGGCCCUCGGCCAG